AUGGAGCAGAUAUUGAAGCAGCGGGUCGAGGGGAUCUCGUUGGACACGAAUAGUCUGGCGCGGAUGGCGAAUUCGCUUUCUCUCGCGGACAAAGCGUCCCCUGCUGUCUGCGAUGCGGUGGACGUGGAGGAGUUGGCUCUUGAGGAGGAAUCGUGUACGAUGGAUCCGGUUGGGGAUACUAUCACUCAUUUCUCCGGGGAGUUCUCGUAUUGGAACUUCUCCAUGCGUGUCAAGCAGCGCCUGGACAGCCAGACGAGGGCUGGCACUCAGAAGUCGGACCGAAUAGACGGAUACUGGCGGGCCCAGCAAUUGCGUCCAGGUCUGAGCCAUCUGUCCGAGGCGAUCGCCUGCUGUCCUCCGCGCCAUAUAGCCGUGUUUUUGGUCGGCACGUUCUUCAAGCACACCAAGCAGCACUGUUUCAUCGUCCGGGAGAACUGGGUCCUGGAAGAGUUGAGCACGCUCUACAGUGACCCUCGGAGGCUGCUUGAGAAGACGCAGGCCGCAGUCAUCAUUGCCAUCCUGCUGGCCGUCUUCGCCAUUGGAACGCAGUACGCACAUCUCGAAGCCCGGAGGAAUGCUGCAGCCGGCGCAUUCACAUCUCCGCCGGCGUUCUCGGAGGAAGAGGUCGGCGUCACGUUCUACCAACCGGCUAUCCGUCUACUCCCUGAGAUCAUCGAGCUGUCGUGCCUGGAAAGCGUGCAGGCGUGUCUGCUGUUCGGCUUUUACGCCCUCCCCGUCGACGCCGCGGGGCUGGGGUACAUCUACGUGAACCUGGCGGUGCGGCUGGCGAUGCAGAACGGGAUGCAUCGCAGGUGCACUACGGACGCAUUCACCCCGAUGAUGGUCGAGGGGCGCAAUCGUGUGUGGUGGAUGGCAUAUUCGCUUGAGAGAAAAAUAUCCAUCUUCCAUGGCCGGCCUCUGUCCAUCGCACGAUCCGACGUCGAUGCCGACAUGCCACGGUACCAGCCGGAUAUGCCGCUGGAAGACUCAAGCUGGGCCGUUGCUUGUGCCGUGGCCGGUGUCAAUCUGAUCUUCUUCCUCGAGGACCUUUUCAAUCUGGUGUCCCUUCUCCGCAAUUGUCGGAAGCAGGAGACACCACACCUCAUCCUACGACUGGUGAGCAAGAAAGAUGCCCUGACAACGUGGUGGGAUAGCCUCCCGCCAGAGAUCCUCGGGAAUAGAACCCAGUCCCAGGCACAGCUUCGCGCAACCAUGCAUCUACGACUAGAAUACUGCCUGGUGCGCAUGUUCGUUGGCCGGCCAUUUCUGCUUCGGAAUGAACCGUCCUCUUCCCCGGCUGCGUCAGACUGCAGAACUCCACGGAGCUGCGGCGGACAGAGCUCGCACGGCAGAGAUCUCGUCGAGGAUUGCAUCCAAGCCGCCAAGACCGCGUUGGAAAUCUGUCAACUGCUCCGAGACUGUGGGCCUGGACUGGCCAGAGCGUCGUAUACAGAGUUCAGCUCCUGUCGCGCGUCGCUGUUGGUCUUGAUUGCCUACUCGAUCGAGAACCGGCCGGAGGAGUUCCGGAAACAGCUACGCGACGGUUUGGAUAUGAUCCGGGAGAUGUCUGCUGCUGGGGACUCGGCAAGAUCAGAGGUAUCCUUGAUCGAGGCGCUGGAGCGUGCUCUCGAGCGCUUGCAAGGCCGGGCGCAGAGAGCACGGGCGAGCGAGAUGGGUGUGAACGAGGCCGAGUCUUACGUUCCGGAUUACAACGCUUUCAAGCACUGGGGAGUAAUGUGGAAGAACCAGAGUCGCAGCACGAUGAGUCCUAUGGAUGUGCCGAAUGCCAUGUCUCCUCGAGGCGGACGGCCUCCCAUUUCCGAUAUCAACUCUCCAGACCAUCUAGCCGGCUUGAUGGAUCACGGCAUACCCCUUGAUGACACUGGACAAGAUGGUGGAGUGGAUAUCUUCCGCUCCUUCGGCUCGACAGACUGGUCAACGUACGGUGCUGGAAAUAUGGCUUCAGGAUGGACAGAUACACUGGAGACGAGGGUGCUGGAGCAGUUCCUUGCGAGUCCGUCCGGAAUAUGCAACUCAGUAGAGCAGUAG